UGUGUGUAGGUGAGUUUUUCAAGGCCUGCGGAAAGACAUGCUGAGUGGUGAGCUGGGUACAGUGACUGUCAGGCUGGAGAACUGCGGCAACCUGCCAGUGACCCGACUACUUGUUACCUGCGGUACCCCGGGACUGGUGGCCCUGGGAUCUCCCCAGCGUGGGGACGUUAUGGAGGUGGCACUACCAGUGGGGUUAGCACCUGGAGCCAGUGUGUCUGUGGACAUGCAGGUGCGGGCACAUGAUCUCCGGGGAUCGUACACGGCAGAUCUACUCUUCUACUAUGAGAACACCAGGGAUCAGGCAAAACCUUUGUAUCGGCUGGUGCGACACAGUUGGCCCAUUCUAGUUCAUCGACUCUGUGCAGGUCUCUGUGACCUCGUCCAGGAGCACAGGCUCCAGCAAGAGUGAAAGAGACCCUCAAUCUCAGGGUACAGGUGCAGAACAGCAGCCCAGGUCUGUAACCAGUAACACAACA